UCGUGAUGGGCGAGGAGACGCGCUGCCCCCCGCCCGAGCCCCGCGCCGCGCCCCCCGUGCCUUGCCCCUUCCCCGCGCCCCCCAAGGAGCCCCCCCCGGGCCGCCCCCCCGCGCUGGACCCCGAGCUCUUCUUCACGGCGCCCUCGACGCCGGUGCGGGCGGGGGGGGCGCGGCCGCCCCCCGAGGAGGCGACGGACGGGGACAGCGAGGGGCUGGGCUCGCCCCCCACGUCCCCCUCGGGCUCCUACAUGACGGCCGAGGGCGGCAGCUGGGGCUCCUCGGGCACGGCCAGCACCUCCCCGUCCUGCUCCCCCAACCUGCCGGCCGAGGCCGAAGGCCUGGGCGAGCCCGAGGGGCUGGGGGGGGCCCUGGGGCUGCCCCCCGGCCUGGGGGACCCCCCGGCCUUCCCCCCGCUGUCCCCCGAGGAGGAGGAUGACGAUGAUGAUGAUGAUGAUGAGGACGGUCCCUUCGCACCGGCGGGCUGUGCGGAUGAGGACGAUGAGGAUGAUGAUGAUGAUGAGGACGGGCAGACGUGGGAGGAGGAUGAGGAGGAUGAGGACGAGGGCUCGGGGCUGAUCCCCGCGGCGCUGCUCCCGUUCCGGGGCAGCCUCCUCUUCCAGGCCGAGGCCGUGGAGAUCUCGCCGCGGGCCGCCCCCGAGGAGGAGGAGGAGGAUGAAGGCAGCACCUCGGCGUCCUUCCUGCGCUCGCUGUCCGAGAGCUCCAUCCCCGAGGGCGGGGACGAGGCCUUCGCCUUCCGCGACGACACCGACGCCUCCUCGGACUCGGCCGCCUACGACGGGGACGAGGACGAGCGGCUCUACGGCAGCGAGCGGCACGCGGGGGACUCGGGGACACCCCCGGGGGGCGGCACGGCGACACCCCCGGGGACCCCCCCGGCCUCCCCCGCGCCGCCCGGCGUGGAGCUGCACCUCCGGGCCGGGUCCCCGUGUCACCCCCCGGCACCCCCUGGAGGGGACGCGGAGCUGGACGGGGACGCCUUUGUCACCGUCGCGGGGGCGUGGCCCCCGCCCGAGCCCCCCGAGGGGGCGGCGGAAGGUUCUGGAGCAGCGCAGGCACCGUGCCCGGAGCUGGCAGCGCCCAGCCCUGUGCCCCCGGGCCCUGUGCUCUGUGCCAGGGACACCCAGGGCCACCCGCUGGGGGGGACCAACGGGGAGCCCCAGGACGGCCCUGGGGGUGACAGCGACGGUGACAACGAGCUCAGCACCGGGACAGCGGGGAGUGACGGCCACGGCGAGCUGGGGACAGCAGUGACACCCCUGGGUGACAUGGACGCUGCGGCCGAUGAUGUGGUGACACCGGUGACAGCCAGCCUGAUGGACUCUGUGCCCGCUGGCCUGGUGGCACCAGUGACACCGACCCCACUGGACGGGAUGGACGCUGCAGCCACCAGCCCGGUGACACCCAGCCCGCCUGGCGAGCCGGACACCGUGGGGACACCGGGGACACCAACCCCGCUGGAUGAGCCGGACACUGUGGGGACACUGGGGACACCAACCCCGCUGAAUGAGCCGGACACUGUGGGGACACCGGGGACACCAACCCCGCUGAAUGAGCCGGACACUGUGGCCACCAACGUGGGGACACUGGGGACACCAACCCCGCUGGACGCUGCAGAUGGGGUGACAGCCAGCCUGAUGGACAGCACGGCCACCAGCCCGGUGGCACCCAGCCCGUCAGAUGCUGCAGCCCCUGGUGCCAUGGCACUGGUGACACCAAGCCCACCAGGUGAGCCUGACACCAUGGCCACCAGCCUGGUGACACCAGGGACACCAAGCCCCCCAGAUGAGCUGGACACCGUGCCCACAGACCUGGUGACACCAGGGACACCAAGCCCACCACAUGAGCCUGACAUCGUGGCCACCAGCCUGGUGACACCAAUGACACCAAGCUCCCCAGAUGAGUUGGACACCGUGCCCACGGACCUGGUGACACCAACCCCACUGGUGACACCGAGCUGCCCGGAUGAGCCCGACACUGUGGCCACCAGCCUGGUGACACCAGGGACACCGAGCCCACCACAUGAGCUGGAUGUCACAGCCACUGACCCGGUGACACCGGUGACAGCCAGCCCGCUGGACAAGAUGGAAGCUGUGGCCACUGACGUGGUGACACCAGUGACACCCACCCUGAAUGCCACUGCGGCCACCAGCCUGGUGACAUCAGUGACACCGCCCGCCCUGGAUGAGAGUAGUGCUGCGGUGACAUCGGUGACAUCUGCCCUGACGGACACCACACGGGUGACAUCGGUGACACCGACCCCCCGGGACGACACGGCCACCGUGACCUGUGCUGCGGUGGCCCCCAGCCCCGAGGACACCGCGGCCCCCAGCCCGGUGACCCCCGGCCCCCCGGCCGCUGUCCCCGCCCCGUGUCCCCCUGCCCGGGCCGUGUCCCCCGUGGCGCUGGCAGCCGGGGUGGCCCCGUCCCCCGAGUCCCCAGCUGUCCCCCCGUGUCCCCUGGCGCAGGCGGCGCUGUCCCAGCCCCCCGGGGAUGUCCCUGAGGACGCGGCCCCCGAGGAUUUGUCCCGCACCGCCGCCAGCUUUGUCACCGUCACCGAGGGCAGCGCCGGAGGGACCCCCCCGAGCCCCGCCGGGCCCCGCGGGCAGCCCGGGGAGGAGGAGGAAGAGGAGGAUGAGGAGGAAGGCUCCGCGCCCCCGGGCUGGCACUUCACGGCCUCGGAGCGGGAGGUGUUUGUGGGGACCCCCCCGGCCCCCCCCGAGCCGCUGCCACCAGCCGGUGCCUUUGCGGGGCGCGGGGGUGUCCAGCCCCCCCGGCAGGAGCGCCCCCCGGGGCUGCCCCUCUCCAGGAAGCACCUCGAAGCCCCCCAGCCCUCCCCGCAGAAGGAGCCGGAGCCCCGGGGCCGGGCGGGGGGCCCGGGGCCCGGGGGGGGCCGGGUGCCCCCCCGGGGGUCUCUGCAGUCGGAGUCGAGCUCGUCCAGCGAGGCUGAGGCCCCCCAGCCCCCCCCGGCCCCCCAGCGCUGCCAGCCCAACCACCGAGGGUCCGGGAACGAGUCCGAGAGCAACGACGAGUCCAUCCCGGAGCUGGAGGAGCCCGAGGGCUCGGAGCUGCCCCCUGCCCAGCCCCAGGUGCCCCUGGGGCCCGGGGAGGAGCCGCUGAGCAAGGCCAAGCAGAGCCGCAGCGAGAAGAAGGCCCGCAAGGCCAUGUCCAAGCUGGGGCUGCGGCAGAUCCACGGCGUCACCCGCAUCACCAUCCGCAAGUCCAAGAACAUCCUGUUCGUCAUCUCCAAGCCCGACGUCUUCAAGAGCCCCGCGUCCGACAUCUACAUCGUCUUCGGGGAGGCCAAGAUCGAGGACCUGUCCCAGCAAGUGCACAAGGCGGCGGCUGAGAAGUUCAAGGUGCCCCUGGAGCACUCGGCGCUGGUGACCGACGCUGCUCCCGCCCUGGCCAUCAAGGAGGAGAGCGAGGAGGAGGAGGAGGUGGAUGAGACAGGGCUGGAGGUGCGGGACAUCGAGCUGGUGAUGGCCCAGGCCAACGUGUCCCGGCCCAAGGCCGUGCGGGCCCUGCGGCACAACAACAACGACAUCGUCAACGCCAUCAUGGAACUGACCAUGUAGCAGCUGGGGGUGUCCUGGCCCCCUGUAGAGAUGCACAGACCCCCCCAGAGCCUUCCUCCUGCCCCCCACCCUCCUCCCGGCCCCUGGACUGCUCAAUAAAGGCCUCCUGCACCCCUUGGAUUGCA